UUCUGAUCGAACUAAAAGUGUAACCUUAGUCACUCGUCUUCACUUGAUUUCGCCAAAGAACAUUGAAAUGGCUGCUGACAAUAUUCUUCGGAAUUUGGCAGUUGCCAAUAUGAUUGAAGGCUGCAUCGUCGUUUUACUACAGUUGGCUGUUCUAAUUACACUUCACGAUUGGGUGGAUUGGAUUUGCAUUGGUUUUUGGGGUGGAGGACUAAUGGUGUUGGCCGGAAUGUGGGCUCUCCAGAGAAGUCAAAAGAAGAUGAUCCCAACUGCAGCUCUAUCAAUAUUAGGUGGCCUUUGUAUGAUUGGAUUCUAUUCGUGGAACGUCUCUGUCAUCGAUUGUGACGACUACAACAGACUCGCAGAAUCUAAAGGCAAUUGGGAAAACGAAAAUCCUGAAAUGUGUGAAUGGCGAGUGGCAUCCGAUAUUCUGUUUAUCAUCUUCGGAUGUUUAGCGGUUGCUACAAACAUGUUUAUGGCGGCUAAAGCCUCUAUCAUCGUUGCAAGUCAUCCGAGACGUAGUUCACAUUCGUCAAACUCGCAUCGUCCUCGUCCGGCAGCUCAUGCUAUGGCUCAUGUCCAACAGCCAGUUGCUGUUCACCACCACACGACGUACGUCACUCCAACAGCCACUUAUCCAGCACCUUAUCCGGAACAGCAUCACAUGGUACCUACUUAUCCGCCUCAACAAGUCAGCUAUCCGGCUUAUCCAGCACAGUCUGCUGUUCAACAGCAACCUGCGUACAAUCCCAGCUAUCCAGCACCACACGCCCCUCCCUAUUACAAAGACUGAAUGACUUAAAUAGAACACUAUAAAAUUCUUGUGUAUGGC